AUGUCUUCACAAAGCCGUAAACAACGUGCAGACGCCUAUUUACAGAGGACCAACAUUGAGCUCCUCAACUGUGUGGAUGAGAUGAGACUUAAGCGUGAUGACCUUCAAAAGGACAUAAAAAACCUGAAGGACGAACAGUGUAAGCUUCAAUACGACCUUGGAAUGAUGACGACACAAUUAACAAAGAUAAACGAAAGUUUGUGUAAAAAGUUGGUAGAGCGCGAGAGAUUUGACAGUUUAAUUACCGACUACGAGACAGCUUUCAAUCAGCUAGUUUCAGGUUCCGAGUCACUCCUUGCCAAUAUGCGCAAAACCUUAGGUUCAAUUGCUCCAGAGUUCUUGACAUGCGCGGAAGAUGCCGACCAGAUUUCCACCAUUUCCCGUCGGUCACGGUCCUCUAGACAAUCACACAGUAGUGCAGGUUCACAUGCGAACACGCGUGUCGACAUGUCACGGGGAACGUCACUGCCACGAGUGGACACCCGUGCGUCUGAUUCGAGAUCGGACAUACAGACAGACAACCGUGUGGACACUCGGACUUCUCAGCAACACGGGGAACAAUAA